AUGUUGGAAAAACGUGUAGGGACAAGCUACGAAGGAUCGGCGGACGCGGCAGCAGGAGUAGGAAAUGGCAAUGCCCCCUCCGCCGUUUCUAAGGCUCAAAGGAGGGCGAGUUCUCGCGCGAACAAGAAGGCCAAGACGGGAGAGCCCGGCGUGCUGUGGAGCCCGGGGAAGGGCAAGGGUCCAGAAGACCGCGCUUCGCUUGACACUGGCGGUGGGCGCAACGGCGACGUGCAGAAUCUCUCGGUUCUUGCGAAGAAUUUCAAGGAGCGGUACGGCGAAGAAGUGGAUGCUCCGGACGAUGACGAUGAUGGAAUGACGACCGGCAGUAGCGUUUUCGAGACCCCCAAGCGCAAGGGCAGAUUGAGCGGCGGCGCCAAGCCUAGAACGCCCGUGGAGGAGGCGGCGAGGUCCAUGUCUCCGGCCCGGCUCGCGGCGGAAGCCCAGAAGGCGAGAGCACGCGCGAGGGAAGAACGCUUCGGCGGCGGCGGCGGCGGUGGUGGUGGCUCAUUUUCCAAGCCGCCGUCCUCCCCAGCGCCAUCGGCUAGACCGUUCCCCGUUGGCGAGCCACCGGACGCGCCGCUAGGAGCACCGCCGCCAGCGGCGAUGUCGAAGGUGCCUAUGAAUCGCGCGGCAGGCGGCCAUGGCGACAAGAACCGAAAGGGAACAAACGCUGCUGUGACAACCACAUCGUCUCAAGCUCAGCAGCCUCAGGGCGGGAAAGGCAUUGCUAGCACAGCGGCGCCUAAGGAUUCGACGCCUGCAAACGGGCCCGGUGGGUCUUCUAACGGUUCGGCGCCGACGGCAGUGUCGCCUAUGGCGGCACCAAAAGGAGCAACGUCGCCUAUUUCGGCGACCAAUGCGGCCGCAGCCGUGCCUGCCCUUGUCACGCCGGACGCUGAGAAGGUGGAUGCAAGCGCAGCUAGCAAAACGGGCAGCAGGGCCGCUGCCAUAACAAUACAGGCAGAGGCGAUCCCCAUGGACGAGACGCCGGCGGCAGCGGCAACAAGCGCCGCCGCACCGAAGAGACCCGCUGCGGAGGGUGGAAACGUCGCCGCGGCGGAACCGCCCGUGAAGAAGGUAUUGACACUGCCCUCGUCACAGUCGCCGCCCUCGACCGGGGGCAAAAUCCACACCCUACGGUUGCGUCUGCGGACAGAUUUAGUAGCCGACUCGAAACAGCCGGCGCCGGCCGCGCCUUCUCCAGCUACAGCUGCAGGUGGUGGUGCGGAGGAACGCAAGAGCUUCGAGCCACCAACCCCUCCUGCCGAUGGCGGCGUGGAAGAAUGCAAGGGCUUCGACCCCCCGAAUCUUCCUAAAAAAGCGGCUACCGUUUCUUCGGUCGGUUCGAAGCCAUCGCCCGUGGCGGCCCCGUCAACGGGGAUCAAGAAACCCUCUGUCGCUUCGAUUAGCACCGUGGCAUCAGCAGCACCAGCAACCACUCCGGCCGCAGCACCAGCACUGUCACCGUCAGCACCAGCACCAUUAGCAACAGCAACCACCCCGACAGCUGUGGCCUCGCGUUUGAGCAUACCGCCCGAAGGCAGCUCGCCAAGAAACCUCGCUUUGACCCUUCAAGGAUCCUGGGGGCCAUCGUUCGGCAUCCCUGGCGCACCAGCAGGAGCGCCUCCCCCUACUCCGGCGUCGUCCCCCGACGUCGCCGCUGCAAACAAGACCAACCCGUGGAUCCUGUCCCCCGAAUCUCCGACGUUCGGAAGAAACCGGGGGCGACCGCUGGCCCAGGCGUUCCCGAAGCCAUCGCAACCAACUAGAGGCAGCAGCAGCAGCAGCAGCAGCAGCAGCAGCAGCAGAAGUGCCACUGGUGCUACCCGUGCGGCAGGUUUGGCAUCGGCAACGCGCUCGGCAGGUGAAGCCGCAUCUGUGCAGCCGGAUUCCCGCAGCAGCAGCGGUGGUUGUGGUGAUGGCGGCAUCCGCGAAGGGCGAGCCCUGCGCGGCAACGGGACUCCGGCGACGCCGCGGCCGGCGGGCACCACUCCAUGCCGUGCGUCACCGCAGGGUGGGACAAGAGGGGCGGACGUGGCGAAUUCUUCUUCUCCUCUGACCCACCCUCUCCCUCGCGCCGGCGCCAGCGCUGGUAUGAACGCCCAACCACCGCUGUCUUAUGGACAGUCGGGUGGAUUAUUGCCGCCAGAGAGAGCAGCCGAGAGCCCGGCGGCGGCGGCAGCUGGUGGAGGAUCGUUAGCGUGUUGGCCAGUAGGUUCUGCGCUGGAUGCAGCAGCGGAAACGGCGACAGGAACGGAUGCAGGGGCGGCGGCGGCCUCGGGGGGAUUCGUUGUCCUCGGGGUUCGAAUGGGAGGAAAGGCCGCGGAGUUGCUGGAGAGGCUGAAGCGAGAACGGGAGGAGUCGUUGGACUUCGAGAGGAAGCUCACGCAAGCAUUGAUGGAUCUUUGAGUGGGGAUGGUUUUGCGCGCGGGGGAGGAGUGCUGAGACUACGAGCUUGAUGGCAAGCAUGCUCCGGGGUAUUUAUCGCAGACGCUGGAGUUCCAUGGUCUCCAUUGAACACCAAGCUGCAAAGAUCGAAAACGAGAUCCAGGGGUUUCGUGGAUUGGUUGUGGGGGGGGCAUAGUCAAGUCAUUGCUUGGCGUGUGGCCACAGUAGUGCAUGAGUGUUUUUUUCUUGUUGUCGGGGGCUGCACAGGCGCUCCACCGGGUGUCUUGCCGCGUUUCUGCUGACCCCGUCAGUCGCUCUGCUUAGCGCACAAGCGCCGAGAACAAACAAGGUUUGAGAUUCCAUGCGUACCGUAUACGGCACAAGAUGACACAUCCCCCGGACCCAUUUUCAAAGCUCGAUUGCUCAACGACCAAGAGGAUACAUGAAAGGAACGAUAUGUUUUCGGAGAGCCCUCGACCAGAAGGCUUCAACGCCGCCGUUUUCGGCACCCCAACUCUUCUUGCUGGUGAUGAAUCAAGCUUUGGAAAUCGAUCCAGGGUGUGUGCAUCUUGUGUCGUAUACGGUACAUGGAAUGUGCGCUUCACGUUUGUCUUUGCGUAGCCUUGCUUUAGGUACAUGGUACUCUUCGCGUGUUGCAUUAGCUUUUUCAUGACGGGAUCCGCGAUAGCGAACAAAGAACAACUAGGUGUUGUGCUUUCAGACUCUUUCCACAGCUUACUGACACAUCGGCUACUCCAUGUACAAGUCUUUCUUGGGCAUUCUCUUGCGCUGAACGAAUCCGAGUUGAACUUCUUUACAUGUUUUUACGACUUCCGAAUCGGGGGCUGCAGUGGUUCGGAACGAAUCCGACGACAGCCCUUGUGCUUCCAAAGACACCCUCCGUUCGAGCUUACGAAAAGUGUGCGGUGGCAGAUUUUUCUUUGUUAAAGAAAGACGAGCACGGCCCGUGUUGCUGUCAGGUGCACGUAAGCCAAGCAACGAACAAGCGAACGUGAACCACUGAAAAAUGCCAGCAUCUCCGGACUUUCAACGAAUCAGAUUAGCUAGGGCACACGUGACACGAUAGUUAUUGCUUCUCGCUGCAGCACUCUGAUGUGCUCCCACCGCUCUUGGAGACCUUGUUCAACGUACGACACAUGCAUCUGAUUACAAUCCAAAC